AUUACCGUUUAGAAACCACAGAUAGCGUGCAUCCAUUAACUGAUCAGAAAUAAACCAUCCGCGUGUUAAUUUUACGUAUUAAAUAGUAAAAGAUAAAUGAGGAAAGCAGAGAAACCUUUGUUGGAAUAAACUUUAAAAAGCCAACAAGCACUCCAGGCGACAGUGCGUCAUUUCUCCGCCCGCUUUAUACAUAUACAUGAGCCUAGCGCAGCAACGUACCCUUGCGCGAUGACGCAAUACGACAACUGCGGGUCCCGAUUGCUGCAACCGCUUGUCAGUGUGACGAAGAUUGGCACUCAGGUUGGCCAUCUGUCCCAGGUUUCUAUAAUGCACCAGUGCUGGCAGUGAACGUGAUGGCAACCCAGGCGGUUUCCAUAGACAAAUACCCCAAAGGGGAGCAGCAGAUGCGAAGUGUGGUAACUGUAGACUGCAACUCAGAAUCGAAGUUUGAAGGAACAUUGGUUGAAGUGUCCAAUCCAGUUUGCACUGAAUCACAGACAUCCAUGGAUGCAGACAAAGCAUCUAUAUAUCGACACCCCCUGUUCCCUUUGUUGGCCCUGCUUUUUGAGAAGUGUGAGCAGUCCACACUAAGCUCUGAAUGCAUCACCUCAGCCAGCUUUGACGUGGACAUUGAGAAUUUUGUCCGCAGUCAGGAAAAAGAGGGGAAGCCCUUCUUUAGUGAGGACCCUGAACUUGACAACUUGAUGGUGAAAGCCAUCCAAGUGCUACGGAUCCAUUUGCUGGAGCUUGAAAAGGUGAGUGACCUAUGUAAGGACUUUUGCAGCCGCUACAUCGCCUGCCUCAAGACUAAGAUGAAUAGUGAGACCCUUCUAAGUGGAGACCCAGGAAGCCCAUACUCUCCAGUGCAAAGCCAAGCACAGAACUUCUCACCCACAAAGAUUCAGACACCAAGCUCCAUCUUGGGCACCACCAGUCCCCAGGGUCAAAUUGUGGUGCCAGCUUCAGCACUGCAACAAGGGAAUGUUACUGUUACAGCUGUCAACCCCACCCAAGUAGUCACAGGAAGUGCAGUUUAUCAACCAGUAACGGUUGUCACUCCUCAGGGCCAGGUGGUCACACAGGCCCUUUCUCCUGGAACAAUACGGGUCCAAAACAAUCAGGUUGGCUGUUGGUUCUUCAGAAACAUGUUUUUGUUAAAGCAGCUGAACCAAAUGAGGAGAAAGCCUAGGUUUAGGUUGUGCAGCUCUCACCAGAUGUGGCUUCUGCUCUGUGACUCUCACCAGCCCCACCUGGUGAGAGUCACAGACCCCCACCAGCUCUGUGACUCUCACCAGCUUCAGCUGCAGUUUCAUCAGGAUUUGAACCUCUUCAAUCACGACGAAAACUCGACAAAGAAUAAACGGGGUGUCCUACCCAAACAUGCCACCAAUGUCAUGCGCUCUUGGCUCUUCCAACAUAUUGGGCAUCCUUAUCCAACAGAAGAUGAAAAGAAACAGAUUGCCAGUCAAACAAAUCUGACACUUCUGCAAGUCAACAACUGGUUCAUAAAUGCACGGAGACGGAUCUUGCAGCCAAUGUUGGAUGCUAGUUCUUCGGAGACCCCCAAAACCAAGAAGAAAACGCCCCAAAACCGCCCACUGCAGCGCUUCUGGCCUGACUCCAUUGCUGCUGGGGGAGGCACUCAUCAGCAGGUUACCAUGCCUGAUGGUACAAUGGUGACAAUGAACAUGGAGGGUCUGCAGAGCCUUACAUCAGAUGGAGCCACCCUGGCAGUACAGCAAGUAAUGCUGGCAGGCCACAGUGAAGACGAGUCAGGUGAUAGUGGGGAAGAUGACGAUGCAGACAUGACUGGGCUGGGCCUGGACAACAGCGACUCAUUGCAGUAAAAGCUUACACACUGAUCUACACUUGGAAGGCAUGUGUAAAUGCAGACACAUUAGGUUUACAUCGAGCACAAAUCCACAGAUGUCCAUGAACAGUCCUGUGCUCUUCCAGCUGACUUCCAGUCUGUGCUGCAUCUGUGUACAUCAGGAGUUUCACUUCAGAAACAGUUUUUUAACAAGUUUAUUUCUGUAGGCGAGUGCACUUUUUUCUAUAUUUAAGCUGAAAAGAUUAAAUCAGACAGAAAAUGUGUUAAAACACAAGAAACAAGUUUGUAUUUACUGUUAUUAAUAGGCUUUUUGGUUUAUUUUGGUCUUUGUCUCCAGCUGAAUUCUGAUUUCUUGUUUGGAUGCCAACAUUUAGAAGUUGUAUAUGUAAUGGUUUGUCUUUAUUUUUUGCAUGGCUGUGUUUUGACUAGAUGUACGCAUUCUGCUGACUUUAUCCCCAGUUCUCACAUGGGCUGAUUGGGGAGAGGAAAAAAAGUAGAUACGCUUAUUUUUCUAUACAACCAUGAAAUUAGUGUUUUUGUUUUUCACUUUUGUGUUGUGUUUUGUAAGGGAUAUUUAUGUACAGGUUCCUAAUGAAAAAUAGCAGCCCUGUUUUUCAGGGCUCUUUAAAGUGAAAAAAAAUUGAAAUAAAAGUUGAAUGCUGAUUAAAAUUGCUAUUUAAAUUGGUUUUAAACUCAAAAGACUAACACGGCCUUAUUAUGUGUUCCUUUGAUAAAGACCUGCUGUCAAGAAGCACAAACAUUGACCGUUUGAAUAUUUGAUGAAAAAGACACUAUAAUACAGAACAGAGUUGUAAAAAGAUUGAAGACUGUGUGCUACAGCCUUAUAGUUAUCUGAAGAAGUAAUCUUGCAUAGUAACUUGGGUGUUGCACUCAUGUUUUUUUAAUCCAGCUCCACAUACCCACCUUGUGUAUACUAUGCAUUACGUCUUUGAAUUAUUUCACAGUAGUACCUUUGGCAUGAGCUUGUCAAAUGCACAAUUGAGAACACUAUGCUAUCUACACAAUCACAGGGUCUGAGGCUGAAACCUGUGGAAAGACACGAUCCACAGUGAAUCACACCAAGAAGGAGCAGUGGACAUUUUGGAUGCAGUCAUUGUUUAUUUCUUUGUGUUGCUUUUACUACAUGGACAAAAGAGUUUCAGUGUUCGCACCUUGCAAGAAGAACUUGGACAAAGACAGCAUUAAAUAGUCUACUGUCACCACACAUUCAUGUAAUAAGGUAUUCAAAAUGUUUCCAUCAAGCUGUUGUUACUCCACAAAUUGGGGUGCCUCUUGUCUAAAUCAUGGUAAAUUUGUACUGAACAAUAGUUGCAGUGAUCUAGUUUAAAUCGGUCUUGUUAGUUAGACAAUUGGCUAAGACCAUGUGACCUCGCAGAGCUGUUUUUCAUUUGGGGUUUUUCACACUGCUCUUGUUUGUUUUGCCUUAGAGCUUUCUAUUUUGGAAUAAAGAAUGCCCCACUGUU